AUGCCAGCUGACGAGAGAAAGUCUUUCAUUCUUACAACUUCUGCUAACUACUUCAGUAGGUCUGUCUCGGAGUCUGAGCUCUUAACACUAAGUGCCGAUAACACUCUGAAUAAAUUCUUAGAUGACAGACAUUGUUUUACAUUAAUUGUGGAACGAAGAGAAAAUGGAUUCAGCUUCAGUGAACAGAUUUUGCCAGGGGACAAGGCAGCUUUGGUGUUCUUCAAACUGCGACCUGAUGUUGUUACACCACAAAACAUGCUCAGCAAUGUUCUUGUUUCUUCAAUGCUUGAUUCUCCAGCAUCAGUUUUGUAUCAUUCAUUACAAAAAUUAUAUGCACCCGUUCUUUUAAAGAAUUUUCAGGGAGACGAUAGCAUUGACCCAAAACUGCAGGAUCUAUUAAGUCAGUUGGAAGCAAACCUUCGGUCAGCUCUUAAUAGAAACAACAGGAUUGAGAAAGGAACUGGUGAUGCUGAACCUAAUGUGGAUGUCAUAAUUACUCCUGAAGAUGAGCUGCAGUACUGGGCCUCCUUGGCUAAAUCAUCCCCCAAGGGAAAGGAAUCUAUGAAAGCUUCUGCUUUCCUCUCUAUGCUUCAGCCAUUGGUUCAAGAUCUACAAUCUUCAGAUUCACUGACAUCGUUUGAGGAAAGCUUGGAGACAGCUCAUAAUGCCUUGGAUGAUAUCUGGAAACUUGAUGAAUUUCGUUAUCCCCAAAAGAGGAUGGAAAAUUUAAUGGAAGUUAUUGGCAAUGCAAUAACCCAAUUUAUACAAACUAGAUUGCAUGACAUAAACUUGUGGGAGUCUCCAUUUAAUAUAGUUGAAGAAAAUUUAAGCCAAAGUGUUGCUGUGUGUGAGAAAUGGAUUGAUACAUGCCAAAAGCUUACUACUCUGUUUUGGCCCAACCAUUCACUUCAUGCUUGGAGUGGAAAACCAUAUGUUCCCAAACAUAUACAGUCCUUUUCGAAACGUUUAAGUGAAGUGAAGGAAAUUAGAACCCUCCACCGCCAACUUACAAGGCUGCUUUCACGUCAAGAGCAGGAGGAGUUGAACACAAAGAAAACUUUUCAGCCUUUCCAAGGGAUCAGUCCUCUUCUGGUUAAUCCUUACACUGAGCCCCUGUGGAGAGCUGCCGUGAACCAAUUUCAACAGAGCUUGCACCCCACGGAAGAGAGGGUUGCCUCAAAAUUAAAACUACAGCUCCGUAGUGUAAAUGCCAACACAUUGCAGUUACUUCAAGAGUUUAAGCGGUACCAGGUGCUCAUUGAACUUGACAGCGUAAAAAGAACACUAGUUCCAGAAAGAGAAAACCUUCUGAGUUUGCUUUUGGAGUAUGUCCACAAUACAGCCUCAAAUUUCAGUGCAGGACCCAAAGGGAAUGAAUCAUUGGAUUUGCCUCCAGUAGUGAGCAACAUUUAUUGGGCACGCCAAUUGGAGUACAAGCUUGCUGAAAUUGAAAAAACAAGUUCUAAAAUCUUGAGUGAUUUGAGUGCCUUUGGUGAUCUUCUGCGGUCUUUGAGUUCUCUGAGUAAAGAAGUGCAAGAAUACCGCAGUCAGCAAUGGGAAAUUUGGCUUGAUGACACACGAGCUGCAGUAUCGUCAAAACAGUUGAGUCUUAGGACUGGUGAGCCCGUUGUUCAUUUUGAACAAGGGAAGCUGAUGCAUGUGAACUACAACCCGGAACUGGUAGGACUGAUUCGAGAAGUUCGCCACCUUGCUCUCCUUGGCUACAAAAUUCCUAUGGCUAUUUUAGAGGCUGCUGAUUUAGCAAAGCAGUUCAUGCGACAAGCGAAAUCUCUUCAGCAAGUGGCCAAUUUUCAUAAUACUAUUGGAGAUCGCAUGAUUGCAUCCCAGCGCCCAAUGAUGCUCUCAACUGCGUUAGAACUGUCACGAUUGGUUCAAGAGCAAUCAAGUGUCACAUGGACUAACACUGCUGCUGUUGAUGCAUAUAUUAAUAAGUUGCAGGUAGUUGUGCAGAAACUGGCCAGGGAAAACAAUAAGCUUGCAGCUUAUCAUUCACAAAUCUCAGAUAAGGUGAUUUCAUUACUAGAUACGGAUCUUUUAAGGCAACAGCAGCAGUGGAAAGAAGUAUUGAAAGAAAUAAGGGGUACAAUGACACUUGUAGAACAAGAGUUUAGCAACAUGCGAUCAUGGCGCCUCCACUGGGACCACCAACUGUACAAGUCUCUUGAAUACCAAUAUCAAAUAGGACUGGAAAACUUGAACCAGCACCUUGCUGAAAUACCAGUUGAGCUAGUGUACAGGCAGCAAAUACUUCAAUUUCGACCGCCAUUGGAAGAAAUACGCAUGAAAUAUUAUGGACAGCUAAAACGAUAUUUAAAUAUUCCAAAUGUUUUCAGAGGUGUCUCAGAUACAGGGGAAAACUCUAUUUUUCCCGUGAUGAUUGAAAGGAAUGCCCACCGUUUUGCUGAUGUGUUUGCAAAGGCAGAGGAGUUAUUUGGUCGGCUUGAAGCAUUAAGGGAUCGCUGGAUUCCUUGGGUAGCUCUUGGGGCUGCACCAUUGGAGCAGUUAGUUCAAGAGCACCUCAAGUCGUGGCAGGAUUGGGACAACAAUUUUAAGGCAUCCAAAACUUGGGGACAGCAAAUUGCAAAGUUACCCAGCUCUGAUGAGAAAUUGGAGUGCUUCAGCAUCUCAUUAGCACCCGUGAGGGCGGAAAUUGAUCUACAAAAUCGUCACUAUUGGGACACGUUGACAAGCUCACUCCAAACUUCCAUCAUAACUGAAGCAGUAGCUGUGGAGAAGUUUAUCACAGAUUCCACUGACGCUCUAUCAAAACAACCCCGCACUGUUGACGAAAUAGGAGAGGCUAAAGCAGUAUACACUGAGAUAAUCGAUAAAUCUUCAAAGAUGAUGGCUAAUUUGGAGGAACUGCAGAACAAAAAUAAAACUUUGGCGAGCUGGACCAAAGAAAGGGUGGACCAGGUUGUUCGUGUGACUCGCAAUUGGGACAAUUUUCAAUCCCUCUUGAGUAAUCACCAGGUCUUCUUGGAACAGCAGGUGGAAGGAAUAAAGAACACUAUAAAAAGUCAAGUGGAUGGCUUUGAAGAGGAACUUGAGAAUUUCAGCUUGAGAUGGGAACAACUAAAGCCUCGUGAAACAAGUUUGUUGGAUGGUGGCCCACAGAUGCUUGUUCAAAGUCUUGCAUUCUUGCGAGAAAAACGUCAAGAAUGGGAUGAAAUUUUAACACGCAAGGAGAAAAUGCUUGAUGAUUGUAAACUUUUCAACCUAUCAACACCAGAAUUUCAAAUUUGCAAUAAAGUUGAAGAGGAUAUAAAAUACCAUGAGAAUAUGUGGUCUUUGUUUGAUGAAUUUAAUACAGGUAUUCAGAAUAUGUCUAAAGAAGAAUGGAUAAUUUUCCGAUCCAAAAGCUAUCGGUUUGAGGAGUUUUUGAAUCUUUGGGAUGCACGCUUAAAAUCAAGUCCCGACAAAACAAGUCUUACUGUUCGUCUCUUACAAGAUGUUGAAAAGUACAAGGCCAUUUUGCCUUUAUUGAAGCUGGUGAGGGGUGAUAUGUUUAGUGACAAACAUUGGAUUGAGAUGCUAGGAUUACUGGGCAUACCCAGUAAGCCAGUUGAAAGCCUUGUCUUUGGAGACUUUUUAUCAGCGAAAGAAAACAUUCUAGCACAAGCCCAGGCCUUGCAGGAUCUGAACAAUAGAGCAUCAAGUGAAAUUGUGAUACGCCAAGCCUUGACAGAGCUUGAUAUUUGGGAAGUUGAGGCACGCUUUCAAUUGGUUUCCCACCGUGACUCAAGAGGGUCCUCUGUCAUGUUAAUAAAGGACUUUCAAGAUAUUCUUAACAAAGUUGGGGAUAAUCAAAGUUUACUUCAGUCUAUCAAGAAUUCUUCGAAUUAUAGCAGCUUUAAUGACAGAGUUGCAGUCUGGGAAGCAAGACUUGCUGAUAUUGAUUAUUUCCUUCGCAACCUAAAUCAGAUUCAGCGAAAAUGGGUGUAUCUUGAACCUAUUUUUGGUGGUGGGGCAGUAGCAGUGGAUGGAGCUAGAUUUGAGCGUCUGGACAGAGAUUUCAGAUAUGUCAUGGACACUGUCGCAAAUGAUAGCAAAGUCACAGCACUAUGUCGUAUCAAUAAUUUGCAUCAUAUACUCACCACUCUUCUUGAUCAAUUAAACCGUUGUCAAAAGAGCCUCAAUGAAUAUCUUGAGGAAAAACGAUCUAGUUUCCCACGAUUUUACUUUGUUGGUGAUGAAGACCUUUUGGAAAUACUUGGCCAAUCUAGGAAGCAAAAUGUCAUUCAAGCUCAUUUAAAAAAGUUGUUUGGUGGCAUGAAUACUGUCGUGUUUGAUGGUACAGGAGACAAUGAUGCUCUUUGUAUUAUCGCAAUGAAAUCUCUUGAUGGGGAGAUGGUGCCUCUCUCAAACCCCGUUGAUAUUACUGUCCCAGUUGAAGUUUGGCUUCAGAGCUUGUGUGUCGAGAUGCGCAAAACAUUACAACAGUUAACUGCCGAGUGUGUAAAAUCUAAUCGUAACAACUCUGGCGGACCGGAUCCCUUGCAUUUUCCGUCUCAGGUUCUUUGUCUGACCCAGAGUAUAACUUUCACUGCUCAGUGUGAGGAAGCCAUUAAAAAAGGAUCACUAAAUUCAUUUUUGAAAUCAAUCAAGGCCCAGCAAGAUGUGUAUGCCAAUGUGGAGCUUUCCAGCUUCAGUGAUGGUGGUGAUGAUGAGGCUCGUAUUCUUGAAUUGAAACAAAAAGCCCUUCUUGUUGACAUAGUUCAUCAUGUGCACAUUGUAGAAGAUCUGAUAGAAUCUCAAGUCUCCAGCCUUCAAGAUUGGGCCUGGCAGAGGCAACUCAGGUUUUAUAUUGAAAAAGAUGGGAAUGUCAUUGUAAAAAUGGUUGAUGCUCAGUUUAAUUACACAUAUGAAUACCUUGGCAAUGCUGCCAAGCUUGUUCAUACACCUCUGAUAGACAAGUGUUUCCUCACAUUAACUCAGGGCAUGCACAUGGGGCUUGGUGGUAACCCUUAUGGUCCUGCAGGUACAGGCAAGACAGAAUCCGUUAAAGCUUUGGGUGCUGCACUAGGCAGACAAGUAUUGGUUUUCAAUUGUGAUGAAGGCAUUGAUGUGAUGUCAAUGAGUCGUAUAUUUGUCGGCCUUGUGAAAUGUGGAGCUUGGGGCUGCUUUGAUGAAUUCAAUCGACUGGAGGAAGCCACCCUUUCUGCCAUCUCUAUGCAAAUACACCCCAUCCAAAGUGCAAUCAAGAAUCGACGCCCUAAAGUUAAAAUCAUGGAACAAGAGGUCCCACUCGACUUCAAUGCUGGAAUAUUUGUAACGUUAAAUCCAGCGGGGAAAGGAUACGGAGGAAGGCAAAAGCUGCCAGACAAUUUGAAACAAUUAUUUCGACCUGUUGUCAUGUCAGUGCCUGACAAUGAGCUUAUAGCAGAAGUCAUCUUGUAUUGUGAAGGUUUUAAAAAUGCAAAGCUAAUUGGGAAAAAGCUUGUAGAGGUUUUUGAUCUGUCCAGGAGAUUGCUAACACCUCAGAAACACUAUGACUGGGGACUUCGUGCUCUGAAAACAGUAUUGGGAGGCUGUGGCAGUAUGCUAAGGAAUUGGUGGAGCUCCAAUGGCAAUCAUACAAGAGGCAAUGCAGAGCUCUCCAAUGAAAGAGAGAUGGAAUUAGCAGUACAAGCUUUACGACUGAAUACAUUAUCAAAGCUCUUGUUUCGGGACUGUUUGGCAUUUGAUGCUUUGGUCAAAGAUGUGUUCCCAGGCAUUCAAUUUACUGCCUCUGGCCAUGAAAAGCUAGCAGCAACUGUGAAGGAAAGCUUCUCUGCUCUGGGCCUUCAAUACAAUGAGAGACAGGAGCAUAAAUGUAUAGAACUUUAUGAACAACUUCAGCAGAGAAUGGGAGUGGUUAUUGUGGGACCGUCUGGAUCAGGAAAAACUACAUUGUGCCGCCUGCUGAAACAUGCUCUUAACCAUCUUGGUCAUGUGGUCAGACAACACACUGUGAAUCCCAAAGCCAUGCCACGGUCCCAAUUACUUGGGAAAAUUGAUUUAGACACUCGCCAAUGGAUGGAUGGAGUUUUAACAAUCAGUGCACAGAAAGUAUAUUCUGAACCACCAGAUAUUCACUCAUGGAUUGUAUGUGAUGGUGAUGUUGAUCCAGAAUGGAUUGAGUCACUAAAUUCUGUACUAGAUGAUAAUCGUCUUCUCACUUUACCAUCUGGAUGGCGUAUUCAAUUUGGGCCAAAUGUUAAUUUCAUUUUUGAAACUCAUGAUCUCAGUUAUGCAUCACCCGCUACAAUAUCUCGCAUGGGAAUGAUUCUGCUAAGUGAUGAAGACAUGGACAUCAAUGGUUUGAUCUCAAUUUGGCUAGGCCAACAACCAGAGAGAUCUCAGAGAGUCCUCUCUCAGCUUAUUGAAGACCAUUUCCACAAAGCAUUGAAGUGGGUUAUGACUCAGGGAGAAAGUUCUUUGCCAAGGUCUGUAGUUGGUCUUGUUCGCACCGGUCUUUCACACCUCGUACAAGUGGAAAAUGCCCCACAGUUCAUGGUUUCCUUGAUCCGUGGACUUGGUUCAAACCUCACUCUCCUUAGUAGAGAAUUAUUUGCAAAACAGGUAUUUGAUUGGUUUGGAGAGUACCCACUAGACCCAGCACUUAUCCUGAAUUGUCACUAUAACACAGAAAGGGGUCGCCUAGAAACCUAUGUGUUAGAUUGUUCUACAGAUGUUGGAGCUAUUGGUCAGACACUGCCAAUAGUUCAUACUAUCAAUGUGAAACUUACUUUGAGUAUCCUCUCUGUCUGGCUACACCAAGAGAAUUCAGAACCUUUUCUUCUAGUUGGCCCAGCUGGAUGUGGUAAAAGUAUGAUUCUGAAUGAAUGUUUUCAAAACUUGCGAGGAGUUGAAGUGGCGAUUGUACACUGCAGCGCACAAAUAACUCCAGAACAUGUAUUGCAAAGAUUAAAACAGGUUUGCAUGAUUAUUUCCAGCAAUACUGGAAGGGUCUACCGACCCAGAAAUGCGGAACGUCUAAUUUUGUACUUCAAGGACAUAAAUUUAGCGAAGCCAGACAAGUGGGGCUCAAGCAUGCUGAUCGCAUUCUUGCAACAGUUGAUCACAUACCGUGGAUUUUAUGAUUCUGACUUGGAGUGGGUUGGUUUAGAGAGAGUACAGAUUGUUGGGAGUAUGACAGGAGGAAUUGGUCGAAAUGUGCUAUCUAGUCGCUUUACUUCCAUUGUACAUGUUCAUGCCGUGGGAUUGCCUGAGGCUGAUGAGUUGAAAUCCAUUUACAACGUCUUUAUGAAGGCGGUAUUUAAACUUUCUAUGCCUACUCACCCUGUUUGGUCUUCUACCAAUAAAGUAGCAACGCUUGUUAAUACUAUAGUACGGAUAUACACAGAAGUUUGCUCCACAUUUACCCCUAUGCAGCAAAACCAUUACUCUUUCACACCUAGGGACCUCACCCAUUGGUGCAUGGGUCUCUUAAGAUAUGAUCUACAACCAACUGAUUCUUCUGUUGUGCCUGUUUUGAAGGCCACCCUACAUGAAGCUAUGCGAAUAUUCUAUGACAAGCUUGUUUGUGACAAUGAUAAGAGCAAAUUCCAAAAUUUAGUCACUUCAGUUCUUGAAAAUGAAUGGAAUAAGUCCUCUGUCGUGGAUGAGCUCAAUGGCACUUACUUCGUCACUUUUGGACAUGGGAGAGUAGAUCCGAGUAAAUCACACUUCGGCAAACUGUUGUCUCAACUUGACAAGAAUGAUUGGACUAAAAUGGUCAAAGAUGGAAUGAACAUUUAUGGCCGUGAGGGUGUAGCAUUAGAUCUGCUAGUCUUCCCAGAACUGCUUCAGCAAGUGGCAUGUGUUGACCGCGUCCUCUCUGUGCCUCAGGGCUCAUUGCUCUUGGCUGGAAGGUGUGGUGUGGGACGCAAGUCAUCUGUGCGUAUAGUUUCAGCCCUACACGCUAAAAAGCUGCUCACUCCCAAAGUUGGACGCAACUAUAGCUUGAACAGUUUCAAAAUUGAUCUGAAGCAGGCCAUGCAAUGCGCUGGUGUUGACGGUGAAGAAGUCAUUCUGCUUUUGGAGGACUACCAGCUGGGAGAGGUUUCCAGUGGUUUUCUUGAUAUGGUCAACAGUCUCCUUUCUUCUGGGGAGGUUCCUGGUUUGUACCAGCCAGAGGAAUUAGAAUCUGUAGUAACUCCUCUUCGAAAUUUAGCGGCUCAAGAGGACUUCCAAGGGUCUCCACUCACAUUCUUUGCUCAACGUGUUUUGCAAAACCUUCAUAUUGUGUUGGUACUGGAUUACACCCGCUCUACCUUUACCAAUAUUUGUGAAAGCAACCCAGCACUGUACAAACAGUGCUCUGUUAUGUGGUGGCCAGAAUGGAGUCAAGCUAGUAUGAGGGCAAUACCUCGCCUGCUACUUGAAAAAGUGGACGGAGUCACAUCAUAUUCAAGUGAAUCAAAAAGUAGCAACAAAAAUCACAUUACACAGAAAUUAUCAGAAGAAGAUAGUCUACUGGAUGGCUUCCUUCACAUCCAUCAAACUGCAAAAAUCCAACAACAAACACCCUUGCGCUUCAUUCUUUUUGUUCGAACAUAUCUUCACAUAUACAUUAGUUGUAGCAUGGAUAUCCAUCAGAGACAGGAAAGACUACAGGCAGGGGUUUCUAAACUUACUGAAGCCAAGCAACUAGUGGAUAAAUUGAAAUCAGAUGCAAAUAUCCAAGAAGAACUCUUGGCUGAAAAACAAGCAGCUGCAAAUAAUGCAUUGGAAAUGAUAACUGAAACAAUGAGGAGUGCCAAUACCCAAAAAAGUGAAAUGGAGGUUUUAAAAGAUAAUACAGAAAAAGAGAACCAGAUUCUAAUGGCUAGGAAGCGUGAAAUUGAGCAGGAACUUGUUGAGAUAGAGCCCCUUGUCAAUGAGGCCAGUACAGCCAUUGGAAACAUUAAAACUGAAUCUCUUUCUGAAAUUCGCUCCUUACGUGCGCCGCCAGAUGUCAUAAGAGAUAUUCUUGAAGGUGUUCUCCGUCUAAUGGGAAUUCUAGACACAUCAUGGAAUAGUAUGAAAACUUUUCUAGCCAAACGAGGAGUAAAGGAGGACAUCAAGUCCUUUGAUGCUCACAGCAUAACUGAAGAAAGCCGAGCUGCAGUUGAACAGCUUUUAAGAGAUAGGAAAGAAUCGUUUGAUCCAAAAAAUGCAAAACGGGCAUCAGUGGCAGCAGCCCCAUUAGCGGCAUGGGUUACAGCAAACGUAAAGUAUUCCAGGGUCUUAGAAAAAAUUCGACCAUUAGAACAGGAGCAGAGCAAACUUUUGAAGAAUUUGCAACGAGCUGAAUCUCAGAUAGGAAAACUCAGAGCAGGCCUCACCGAUGUCGAUCAAGCUGUGUCUGAGCUCAAAGGCCAGCUCAAUAGCUACACGCAGGAAGCGGCACAGUUACAGAUUCACCUGAGUAAGGCUCGAGAAACAAUAGAGGCAGCAGAGGGUCUCGUGUCGAAAUUGGAUGAAGAAUAUCAAAGGUGGAAAGAUAUGCUUGCUGAAAUCUCUUCAAACUUAGGACAGCUCCCAGUGAGUUCUCUUCUGGCCGCUGCUUGCAUUGUUUAUCUUUCAUCUUCUCCUGAGAAUGUUCGAAAUGCUCAUAUAAAAGAGUGGCAGUCUAGAUUUGGGUUAUCCGAUUUUCGUUUAACUCAAUUUCUUGCAUCUCAACGGCAACAGCUUCAGUGGCAGGCUGAGGGUUUGCCUUCUGAUCAGCUGUCAGUCCAAAAUGCAGUGAUAAUAAUGCAGCUUGCCUCUUUGGAAUCUGGGACUAUGAUGAGACCUUUGCUGGUGGACCCUUCCUACAGUGCCACUGAAUGGCUACAGAAGCAUCUUACAAGCCGCAUGGUGGAAGUAGUGACACUACACAGUGAAAGAUUCACAACAGUUCUUGAAUUAGCCAUCAGGUUCGGAAAGGUACUGAUAGUGCAAGAGGUGGAUCACAUAGAUCCGUUGCUUUACCCUGUACUACGUGGCGAUUUCAUCAAUCAAGGUCCCCGCAAAGUUGUGCAGUUAGGUGAAAAGUUAGUUGACUUCAACUCAGAUUUCCAGUUGUUUCUAACUACAAGGAACAUCUCUCCAGACAUCCCUCCUGAUGUAUUUUCUUCUAUUACUCUUGUAAACUUCAUCACAUCACCUGCAGGUUUAUCAGGACAACUUCUAGCUUGUGCACUGUGCACAGAACGACCUGAGUUAGAAAAAAGAAGGGGGGAGUUGCUACGUCGAGAAGAAGAAUUAUCUGCUCAACUUCAUACUUUGCAGGAUGGCUUAUUACAGCAACUUGCUCAGGCUCAGGGAGACAUUUUACAAAAUAAGGACCUUUUGGCUUCCUUGAAUGAAACAAAAGCCAAAAGUGCUGCUAUUUCGGAAUCUCUGGAAGAAUCAUCUCGUCUGCAAUCAGAGCUAAACAAGGAGUGUGAUACAUACAGGCCUUUAGCAGAUUUUGGCAGUGCUCUCUUUUUUGCAACGGUUGAUUUAGGAAAGCUCAGUUCAGUGUAUCAACUAUCUAUAACAGCAUUCAUGAGACUGUUUGAAAAGGCUCUUAAAACACCUGAGGCUAUUCACAACUCUGAAGAUCGGCACAAGAAUCUGCAACAACGCUUGUUAUUACUAACUUUCCAGUAUGUAAGCCGAUCUUUAUUCAAGGCAGACAGGCUAACUUUUGCCCUUCAUCUCUCUCACAAAAUGUGUCCAGCAAGUUUCCUGCCCAAUGAAUGGGAGGCUUUGACAGGACAAGUUUUAGUUGAUUUGAAAGUUGACACAGCACAAAUCAAUGACUCUGUUCCUAAAUGGCUUGAGGAAGACAAAGCAUUUGAAGUGUUUCUUCUGCAGAACGCACUGCCUGCAUUUUAUGCUGAGUUGAAGCUAGAGGACAAAACUGCAUGGCAGAAUUUUAUGGAGAGUGAAAACUGUGAGCAAAUGCUGCCUUCACAUCUAUCUGGGAGAAUAACACCCUUCCAGAGAGUUCUCUUAAUUCAAACCUUAAGACCAGAUCGAUUACAUUCAGCUCUCACUUCUUUUGCUCUGUCAACAUUAGGGAUCAUGGAUCUGUCUCCUCCCACAUUACGGCUGUCCCAACUUCUUGGUGAGCUCCUACCAUCUGAACCUGUGCUUCUCAUUACGUCUCCUGGAGCUGAUCCCUCUGAAGAGUUACGAACUCUGGCUUACUCCACUGUUGGAGAGAAUCGGUACCAUGAGAUUGCUAUGGGUCAAGGUCAGGAAGUAAAGGUGCUGGAACACCUAAUGCUGGCUGCCAAAGAUGGCCAUUGGUUGUGCAUAAAAAAUCUUCAUUUGGCUACAUUUUGGCUAGAAUCUUUGGAAAAAGAGUUCCGCUCUCUAUUACCUCAACUUCACUCUGAGUUUAGACUGUGGCUCAGCACAGAGUUACAUCCAGGCUUCUCGCCAAUAGUGGCUCAAACAUGUCUGAAAAUUACUUAUGAGGCUCCUCAAGGAGUUAAACGUAACUUGCAACGUACAUAUGCAGCUUGGGGAUCACAGAUGCUAAAUGGAACUGAUCGCUUGUUUGCUCGAACAUUGUUUGCUCUAGCAUGGUUUCAUGCUGUUAUUCAAGAAAGACGCACCUUCAUCCCCCAGGGUUGGGCAAGCUUUUAUGAGUUUAGUGAUGGAGAUCUGAAGGCUGCAACCCUGGUAUUGCAGAACUUGGUGAAGAAGAAAGGAGGCCAGUCUGUUCAGUGGGAGUACGUGCACGGACUGUUAGAGAAGGCAAUUUAUGGUGGCCGUGUUGAUAAUGUCUAUGACACUGGUGUCAUCAUAUCGUACUUGCAGAAAUUUUUUAAUAAGGGGGUACUGCAUGAAGGAUCAAAACUCAUAAGUGAAGGCAUUCAUGUACCCAACACCCCAGACUUCAAUGAUCACUGCAAAGAAAUCCAGCGGCUUUCAGAAAAGGACAAACCUUCUUACUUUGGGCUGCCAAACAACGUUGAUCGAUCUUGGCAGAGGGUCACCAGUGCUGUGGUUGUCAACCAGCUGAAAAUGCUCCUGAGAUCCAAAGAAGGGGAGCAGAAGUUUGACAAGGAAGAGUGGCAACGCCUGUUGUCUCCUAUUUUGAACUUAUGGAAAAAGCUCAAUCAAAGUUCUGGAUUAAUUCACCUCCGGCUUGAUUCAAAGGAAAUUAAAGAAAAGGAAAAUAUGGCCAGGACACCACUAGAGACAUUUGUGAUGUUUGAGUUUCGCAGAGCUGUCGAACUGGUGCAGCUUGUUCAUCAGUCCCUGGCAGCUGUGAGCAAAGUUAUACGUGGGACGUCUUUACCCAAUGCGGAUGCACUUGCUGUAGGAGGCUCACUCACAAGGCAAGAGACUCCCUCCUCUUGGCAGCAGCACUGGGAAGGCCCCGACAGCCCCCUGCACUACGUCCGCGGCCUGGUGACCAGGGCCAUCGCCGUCCAGCGCUGGAGGGACAAAGCCCUGGAGGAGCGCUUCUGGACGGAGCCUCUGGACCUGGCCGACCUCCUGCACCCCGAGACCUUCCUCAGCGCGCUCAAGCAGCAGACGGCUCGGGAGGCAAAGGUCCCCGUGGACACGCUGUGCCUGGACUGCCAUUGGUCCCAGCCGGUCGGUAGAGGCCGUGGUGUCAGGCUGUCUGGAAUCCAACUGGAGGGUGCCAUUUGGGAUGGAAGGCAGCUUGUGAGCUGCACUGACAACUCACCCCCUACAAUGACUAUCCCAGUGCUGUACCUGGCUUGGGUCCAUCAGGAUGCCCAAUCUAAGUAUGGUUCUGAAUCGAAGCUUCAACUACCUCUAUACCACAAUGAGGAACGGCGGACUCUGUUGGCAGGUCUUGAAGUCCCUUGCAAUCAGGAUAGUGAACUAUGGAUUCAGGGAGGUGUUGCCCUUUUCUUGCACAAUUAGAUCGCGUUUGCACUGUACUUUAUCUUGUGUUAUGAGCCUAGCCCACUUUCUGUAGUAAAUUGUUAAGAUAAA